UUUGAGGUGCAAAUCUUGUGCAUAUUCUAAUUCUAGUUCGGCAUAUAUAAUUCAGUUUCUUUCAACUGAUUUCAACAACAUAGGAAAAGGUACCAAUCAAUUUGCGGUACGAAGUGAAGUACGAAACGGCUCACGUAUGGUACAAAUGAACUAAGUACGAAACAGCCAAGUUACGAAACAGCGGACAUCCAUUUUUUGGAGUCUGAAAGGUCGUCAGUCCAAAAUGUCAUCUGAUCUAAAUAGACAAACAACAUUUCAAGCCAUCAUCACAAGUGAAACAACUCGCAAUAAGAAGAAGAAAGGAAUACAAUCAUGCCUGUCACCAAAUUACCUGUGGUCCAUAAAUUUGGUAUAAUAUCACACAGUCAGCGAGUGGAACUACAGGAACGGUUACUCAAACAGUCCUAUGUACAAGGAAUCAAAUCUAAAAAACUAGCUGGCGCUUCCUCAAGGAACCCUUUAGAAGUAUCUGAUGAGUUUGUGCAUAAUUUUAAUAAUUCCAAAAGUCUGAGUGAAAAAGACAAAUAUGAAGGUGUUGCUAGAAAAAUGCUGGAAAGAUCCAAGAGACGAGCUGGUGUUAGAGAUAGCGGUACUGGCCGUCAUGUCAACCUACCAAUGGCGUGGACAGAGUUAGCGCAGUUAGCACAGUGUAAAGGCAAACUACAAGAAGAAUGUUUGGAUGUUUUGAUAACAUCAUUAGAAGUGUCUCCACUUGAAAGGUAUCAUAUACCAGCGCUGUUUUUCCUGGCUGAGACAAUGUUAUAUUGGCUUCGUACUGAAUCUAUUCAUCAGCCCUAUCUUCGUACAGCAGAAAUUAAGUUACUUAAGAUGGGACAGCUGGUUUUUACCCGACUUUUCUACAGUCACAUGGCCGGACAGUUACAAGGACAUUCCGAGUUUAAAAACAGAUUAUAUACAUAUCUUGAUGGUUUACGAGAAUGUCAAGAGGCGUACAACCCAUAUCCAAACGCUCUACUAUCUUUACGGUUUAUAAUAGAAGUGGGUAAAAUAAUUCUGGCUGAUACACCGAUAGAUGGAGGAUCUGUCAAGGAAGGGGAUCAACUUCCACCAGAACGCAACGUAGAGCAACUGACUAAUGCUACUAAACAGUUAUAUGAGAAGAGAUCAGAUGUAUCAACACAUAGUGCAGCCAUCAGUAGCAGUGUUCAUGAUUUAAGUCCUACUUUGUGGCAUUCAUUAGAUGUAUGGCGUUGUACCAAUCAGUUGAGUGGAGGAUGUGGAGAAGCCUUGUCAUCUCUAGCUCAUUGUGGUCUUGGUCUCGCUACUGAAAACUGGAUUGAUGGAACCAUUGCUCUACAGAUAUUAGGAGAUGCUGCAAGAACUGAUUUAGAUGCCAUGAGAGCUCUGCACUGUCUUGCACAGGGUGUAAAUAUAUCAGAUAGAAUUACCUCCCCACCAUUAAGUUCUCAUUCACAGAGCACAGUAACAGAUUUUACUUUCUCGGAUGAAGGUGGUGAUUCUGAAAAACAGGUGUCAACAAAGCAUAGUGCCCACAGUUCUCUCCCUUCUUUAAGUGAUAUUAACGAGCGAAGUGAAAACAGCUAUCAAUCAUCACAGUCAAAGAUUACUGGAAGUCCUAUUCCACCGCUAGAUCUAAGUAUGACAGAAGAAGAUAGUCCGCUGCCGGCUUUAAAGGAAAUAAAGGCGCCCCGUGAUAUACAUAAACGUGAAGUCUCAUUCAAUGCCCACGUUUCACAUCAAGCAGGAAAAAGCAGUGAUGGUGAUAAGUGUAAUAUUAAAGUGGAACAAGGAGAAAAGAUGAGAGAGAAGUCACAGUAUACGGAUGGUUGGAGUGGUUUUAAAGCUGAAUGUGGAACAUCAUUCAAUCCAGAUCGUGCCUCGUCAUGUAGUUCUAUUCGUACAUUCACCAAUAUACCAGUAGCUGAUACACCUGGUUUACAUGGUUGGCACUGGGAGGUGGCAGUCACUUAUACCGAUGUCCUUGCUAAAAUCUGUAUCCAUGGUAACAAUGUCAACAUCCAGAAGAUGGCGUUAGUUGGAUUAAAUGAGGAUAUGACAGAGGCAUAUCGACGAGGACAUGGUCAGAUACCGCUACCCAGCGCUGGAUUAAUAGAUCUUGCUUUCUUUCACACUAAGAUGGAAAAACAAGAUGGAGGAAGUAAAGACUGGAGUUGGAGGCUACGGUAUGGAGCGAUCCAGUCUUUAGUCAAGAUAUGUAGAAGUUUAGCGAAGGAUGUAAAUCGCGAAGGUAUUAGAAAUGCUGCAUGGACAACUCUACUGAAAGCUCACUCACUGGAGAAAGAUCAUCGUGUUCUCGAAGCUUUAAAAGUCGGACAGGUACAUACUGACAUGGAACAGUUGGUUAAAAUGGAGACUUCAUGUCCUCCAUCUUCUAUAGGAUGUCGUAUAGCAGGUGGUCUCGUGUCGAUAUAUCUACCGCCGUUAAAACCCCCAGUUGUUAUACAACUACCUAAAAAACUUCCGGUUAAACCCCUUGCUCAGCCCACAGAACCAACAACAACUAGAAACAAACUUAGAACUUCUCUUAGAGAAGAGAUUAUGCUAGCAACAGCUUUAUACGAGGAGCCUGUUGGUUUUAACACAAGAACAAGUUUUGAUUUAAGACGAAUUGUAGAAGAUCAGUGGAGGAAAGAACUGCAGGUAAAAUUAGAGGAGGAAGAAGUAGAGAGACAGAAAGAAUUAGAAGAACAACAGAGGAAUGAAGAAGAGAGACAAAAAGAAAUAGCUGCAAAGAAACUGCUGAAAUUUGCUAAAACAAAACAAAAAAUCACUGCCGAAUCUGUAAUUUGAAUAAAACUGAAUUAUUUUCUAGUAAAGAAAUUGUCUUUAUUAGCAGGCUGGUUCAGAAAAGUAAGAAAUUAAACCCCUUUUCAGUUCUUUUAUUAAAGUGACACUAACACUUUAGGGAUAUUCAGCUAAAAAAAAAAAAAUUGAUGUCCACUGUACCUUUGAUUUUUUAAACUAUCACUUUAUUUUCUAGUUUAAAGUGAGGAUGUCUCUUUAGGGAAGUCACAUUUCUACUUGGGACUCAAAACAAAAUGUGUAGCCUAAUUGGCUAUUAACCUUGACGGAAAGUUGUAGAGAUAAAUAAUACUCAACUUUGUUAUAGAUUGGUUUGUCCAGACACAAGGUUAUUUCUCGUAUACAGUUUAAUCUGGCAACUGGAUGUUGAUAGUUCUUUAAAAAAGCUGUCAGAGAGUCUUUGAUCUUUGCUUAGGUCUAGAAUAGAGUGUUCUAACGAUCUUCCACACAGAAUAAACCUGGAUUAUUUUACUGAAGUAUAAGUGGGUUUUCUCUUUUAAAGAUGCAUCAUGUAAGAACAAAAUCUGUCUAUUGCAGGUUGUUUUACUUUGGCCUCAAUUGUUAUAUAAAUUUAUUCACAUGACAAGCCUAUAAGCAACUCUCUAGAUCAUCGGAUGGUUGUGAUUAUUAAUGGAUUGAAACACGAUUGCCAAUGAACAAUAUUAUUUAAAAAAUGGAUAAUCGUUACAAUGAUAGCAAUGAAAAUCCAGAUCACACCAUUCUUAUCAAAACUUCCAACAUCCAUAACUUCACUCAGAAUAAAGUAGUUUGACUGAAUUUUUCAAUAUAAUAUAUCCAUUUUUCAUUAUCUAUUUUUAAACUAUUAUAGUGAGAACUGCCAGCUCUUUAUCUAAUCUCCCAUAAUGUAUCUUUAAGUUAAAGACUUGCCUCCUUUAACUGGAGGGAUCUCUUUUAAUCCGUUGUUUUUACCUCUGAAAAAAAGUAAUGUUGAAUUAACCCAUAUGAAGGUAUAUAUUAUGGUAUGUUUUAGGAGAAAAUAACCAAUGCAUUGAUUUUACUGAAAUGGGCAAAUUUAAGGAAUGAAAUUUUUUAUAAUUCUAUAUUUAAUGUGAUAUUUCAUGUUCUGUGAUAUUUUAUAGAAAUUAUGUUAGUGACUGUUGUGUCAUUAUUUUAUACAAAUUAUGUAUAAAUUGUUGUAUAUGAAUUAUGUAUAAAUUGUUGAGUGGUCAUUACUGUAUAUAAAUUAUGUAUUUGUUGUUGUAUAUGAAUUAUGUAUAAAUUGUUGGGUGGUUAAUGUAUAAAUAAAAUACAUUUAUAAUAUCCAGGGCUUUAUGGUUUUAGGGAGUUGAAUCAUUCAUUUACAGUGUUCAGGGUUUGGUGGUUUUAGAGAAUUGAAUCAGUGUCCAGGGUUUUGGAGAGUUGAAUCAUUUAUUUACAGUGUAAAGGGUAUUUAGAGAGUUAAUUCGUUUAUUUUCAGUGUCAAGUGUUUCUUUGGCCUCAAAUGUUAUAUAAAUUAUUAUUUAGACAUUUAUUCACAUGACAAGCCCAUAAUCAACCCUCUAGACCAUCGGAUGGUCGUCUUUAUUAAUGGAUAGUUACUUUUACAUGUUCUCUUGAAAUAUGACUUAGGUCUGCUGAAAUCUUAUAUUUUCUCUUGAUCUGCUUAUAGAUUUAUUUUCUCUAUAUUCCCCUAUUAUUCAUGUCUUAUCAGAGUUCUUAUCAUUUAUCUAUAUAUAUAUAUUUAACCUUUAGAUCUCUACGUCCUUUAAACAGUCUGUUGUACUCGAGGAAUCAGGUAAACCUUUUUAAUUUUGGUCACAUAUCUAGUCUGCUGUACUAAAGGAAUCGGGUGAAGCUUUUUAAUUUUGGUCACAUAUCUAAACCUUGUAUCGGGACUCGGGCACUUGUCGGGAUAUAGCCUGGGGCUUGUUUCACGAAAUGUUAACUAAGAUAAAAUCCAAAUUUUAAUAAUUUGAUUGGAUAAUAUUAGAUUGAUUUUAGUGCUUAGCCAAUCAAAAUUGAAGUAUCUUCUAAAAUUUAGAUUUUAACUUUAGUUAAAAUUUCGUGAAACAGGCCCCAGGUGUCAUUUAUCACGUGUCAUCUGUUAAAGAGCUCACGUAGUUAACGGCUUGGUGUACUAGGGUUAGGGUUAAUGCUGUAAUGUAGCCCAUUUGUUCUAUAUUUUUUUGAUUGAUAUUUGUACAGAGACGGGUGUUGUACACGAGACAGGGUAUGCUCGUUUUUUCAAGAACAUCUUAUACCGCUUUUGUUGAAGUUUUGAAUCUAUAGCCUGUUUAACAAUUUGCAUUUCUUUAUUUAAGUAACAUUCAUUUCUGUCACUAUUCAUGUAUACUACCAGUAUAUAUUCAUUCACUUCUCUCAUGGCUACGGUAUAUAAUUCAUUCCCUAGUGUUUUUACAAUAUAUUACGUAAUGUCUUAAGCUCGAGACCAUUAACCGAC